AUGAAGCGUCAUUUUGAAACUAAACAUUUGGCUCUGAAAAACAAACCAGUCGAGUUUUUCCAGAGAAAACUGCUGUCCCUUCGAAGUCAACAGGUAAAUAUUAAAUGUCUUGCUGAUGUUAGCAAAAAUGCUCUUAAACCUUUGUACGAGGUAGCACUUAAGAUUGCUAUAGUGGGGAAGCCACAUACCAUUGCUGAGGAAUUAACUCUUCCUGUCGAUAUAGUUUCAAAUAUGAUUAAUCCUCAAGAAGCUGACAAGCUGAAAAAAAUUCCACUAUCAAAUGACUCUAUGUCACGACGAAUAUCAGACAUGUUUAAAAAUUUUCAGUACCAACUAAAGAUGCAAAUAAAAGAAAGCACGUUUUUUUCGAUUCAAUGUGACGAAUCAACUGACGUUGCUAACCGUGCUUAG